AUGUAUAACCCCUUCAGGCAGAGGUCGAAGGUUGUCGACUACUACGAAGUCCUAGGAGUUGCCAGAGACGCGUCUCUCAAAGAUAUCAACACUGCCUAUAAAAAGCUCGCACUGAGAUUCCAUCCCGACAAGACAGGAGGCGGAUCUGAUACUACUGAUGAAUUUCGAAAGAUCCAGCAAGCUAUCGAAGUUCUUCGUGACCCAGAUAACCGCCAAAGGCUUGACAAGGAUCUGGGUUAUUAUACCCCCAGAGAACCAGCGUGGAUAAACGAAUUGUUCGGAGAAAACUAUACGGGCUGGAGACCCUCCAACGGCUCACUGUACAACUUGCGUAAUGGCCUCGAUCGGUACAUGUAUAGUUAUGGCAACAGUGUGCAUAUGAAUCCUCAUUCAAAUGACUCCGCCGAGGAGAGGGCAUGGCAUGAAAACGAGCGGGCUAUGAAUGAAGAAGUUCGCCAGUGGAAUAUGGAAAGGGAGGAGAGACGGAAGCAAGCUAUGCGUGAGCGUGUCAGACGUGAUGAAGAGGAAAUGGCGGUCGCAGGGGAGGAAUCUGACGACAACCUAGGAGAAAGCGACGUGCACUGGGAAAACGGGAAUACAUACCAGCAAUGGCCCGUGGAAGAAGAUGGUCAAGUUCCCAUGGCAGCUGCUAGCUAUGACAACGCAGAUGAUGAUCUCGAUGUGCCCUACGUGCCCGAGGAUGAGGUGCCAGAUUUUCCUUUAGUCGACGAAGAUGAUAUUGACAACACCGCCGAGCGUGAACAUGAUGCAGAAGACAACCAAUCUUUGCCCGACCUGCUGCCGAAUGAGGAACCUGAGAAUCCCGAUCAAAACCAUGAUGCACUCAAAGAUGAAGAAUAUGACAUUAGCCUGCCGCAACAUGUGAAAUUCGAGAGAUCCUCCCAUCGCAAGUCGAAUAAGAGCAACUUCAACUAUGCAGUGGCUAUUGAUGAUGAGGACGAAGCGCUGUCGGACUUGCUAGGAAGCGAGGAAGAUGGGAGCUCAUCUGAGGAUGAGAAUGAAAUCGUGCAUACGCAAGGAGCAGCCUUAGCUGAGGAAGAAGUAGAUGAUGGCUGCGAGUCUAUAUCCGACUUUUUAGACGCCGAAGAAUUUGAAAGCGCUCACCAAAGCGAGUAUAAUUAUGGGGACGGUUCUGACAGCGGAGCAUAUAUCAGAGACUAUGGUGAUGACCUGGAAAGUCUUCAGAAAGAAUAUGGCACCCACCUUGAAAAUGAGAACGGCUCAGACGUCUUCUAUGACAGCAAGGAAGCCGAAUCGGAAAUACAUUCGGUCUCUUCUAGCUUUUACAACUUGCCGGGGGUCAAAGAUCACCAGAGUCCCAACAAUGAAGGAACUGGUCCCCUUUCGCCUUUUAUUCCUUAUUUCAAAAGGAAACUAAGUCACCAUUCUGGUCGGUAUACGGCACAGGAUCUCGACCUUGAAUUGAAAGGCGUUAUGAUGGAAUGCUUUCGGGGCUGGCUCGAAACUCUACGUCUGACCAUGCCACACUCUCAGCCCCUCGAAACUGGUUACGAUCCUAAGAAUUGCUCCCACCUCGGACUAUGGGUAAAGGAAUUUGGGCAGCCUGAGUGCGACAUCUGUGGCCGUUGGAUGCCGAUCUCCAUGCUUCGCUGCCCAGGCUGCAGCAUUAGAGCUUGUAUAAGCUGUAAGUUCAGGGGAGAAGAAACCUUUUAG